AUGACGUGGACGUCUCGAUGGGCGUCGACCGAUGUUCAGCAUAGUCGGUGUCCGCACUGUCACUACCUCUUCCCACAACUGCAUGUCUCUUGCGUGCGUGUCCUUGGGGUGAACUCAAUGGGGUCUCAAGCACCCACUCGCAAGAUUGAGUCGAAUCCUUGGACAACGUUGUCAUCGUCCCCCUUUUAUCCGCAGCUGCUACCACUUGCACGGAUACAUCACCAACGUCAAGACUCGGAAAGACUCAUUCCUGGGCCCGACGUUGUUGACGAGUGGGCACAUCAAGCUCUCGAUUUGGCAAACAUGAUAUCAAGGAGAGCCUCCGACGUGCGAACUGUACGGGAAUUUCCUCGACUUACUUUAGAAGACGGCAAGGCCUUAUUUUUGUUCUUGAAGUGUCAUAGCCGCUGA